AUGCGUGAUCCCGGAAAGCGUCCGCAAAUUUGGAAUUAUCCUAUCAAUCAACAAGAUGAAAUCCGUAGAGCAUACAUAAAGUUUGGACCAUAUCAAUUUAUUAUGGAUGAGUACCCUCUUUCUGGUCUAGAAAGUCAUCCUCGUCGUUUCAAAGCUCAUUGGUUUAAGAGUUUUUCUUGGCUAGAAUAUUCGCCAAAAGUGGAUGCUGUAUUUUGUCUUCCAUGCUAUUUAUUUUCUAGAAAAUCAAGUCCAUUCACAUCAGGAGGAUUUCGCAAUUGGAAAAAAGUGAAUAAUGGAAAGGAUUGUGCAUUUUUAUCUCAUGUGGGUAAAUCUCUUAAUUCUCCUCAUAAUAUUGCUGUUAAGUCUUGUAAAGAUUUGCUUAAUAAAUUAUGUCACAUUGACAAAGUAUUGGCUAAGCAAAGCUCACAACAAGUUUUAAGCAAUAGAUUGCGUCUUAAAGCCUCUAUUGAUACUGUCAAAUGGUUAACGUUUCAAGCUUGUGCUUUUAGGGGACAUGACGAGAGUCAUGAGUCUCAGAAUCGAGGAAAUUUUCUUGAAAUGUUAAAAUUAUUAGCUUCUUACAAUAAAGAAGUGGAUGCAGUUGUUUUGGAUAAUGCUCCUCAAAAUGCAAUAUACACAUCACCUUCUAUUCAAAAGGAAAUUCUACAUGUUUUUGCUAGAAAGGUGCAAAAUGAAAUUCGCAAUGAGAUUGGUAAUGCAAAGUUUUGUUUGAUUGUUGAUGAAGCUAGAGAUGAAUCUAGAAGAGAACAAAUGGCACUUGUUGUUAGAUUUGUUGAUAAGCAUGGAUUUGUCAAAGAAAGGCUAAUAGAUGUUGUUCAUGUCAAAGAUACUACUUCUGCUACUCUAAAACAAGAGAUUUAUUCUGCAUUAUCUCAUCACAAUCUCAACAUUCAAAAUGUUCGAGGUCAAGGGUAUGACGGAGCUAAAUGUCCUUAUGCAUAUUAUGUUCAUUGCUUUGCUCAUCAAUUACAGCUAGCUCUUGUUGCUGCGGCUAAAGAAGUUGUUGAUGUUCAUGCUUUUUUCCAAAGUUUGAGUAAUAUUAUCAAUGUUGUGUGCUCUUCUUGCAAACGCAAUGAUGAAUUACGAUCUGCUUAUGCAACUGAAAUUUCCCAUUUAGUUGCAACUAAUCAAAUUGAAACAGGAAGAGGAGCAAAUCAAAUUGGCACAUUAAAAAGAUCAGGAGAUACCAGGUGGAGCUCUCACUUCAACUCAAUUUGUAGCCUUUUACGUAUGUUUGGAGCAACAACUUCAGUUCUGGAAGAUUUGGCUACUAAUGGAUCUACAUAUUCUCAACGUGGUGAUGCUACUUAUGCUCUUAAAUCUUUAUUAUCAUUUGAUUUUAUUUUCAUUUUGCAUAUGAUGAAAGAAAUCAUGGGAAUCACUGAUAAACUUUGUCAAGCAUUGCAACAAAAAUCUCAAGACAUUUUGAAUGCUAUGCAUCUAGUUUCUAGUACAAAGUCAUUGAUUCAACAGUUAAGAGAUAGUAGUUGGGGAGCACUUUUGGAGAAAGUUAGUUCUUUCUGCAAUGAUCAUGCUAUUCAGAUACCUGAUAUGGGUGCUUCUUUUAGUGACAUAAUUCGGUCUCGUCGUAAAAAGGAUGUUGUCACUGUUGAACACCACUAUCGUGUUGACAUUUUUACUAGCGUGAUAGAUUUUCAAUUGAAAGAGCUAAAUAGUAGAUUUAGUGAGCAAACAACCGAGCUCCUCAUAUUGAGUACAUCUUUAGAUCCUAAAGAUGCUUUCAAGUUAUUCAGUGUUUGCAACAUAUGCAAUCUUGCAAAGAAUUUCUAUUCUUUAGAUUUUUCUGAGCAAGAAAAGAUUCAAUUGGAUUAUGAGUUACAACAUUAUGAACUUGAUGUGGUUAAAGCUCCAGAUUUUCAGAAUUUGUCUACUCUUGCUGAAUUGUGUCAAAAAUUGACAGAGACAGGAAAAUCAAAUAUAUAUCCUUUAAUUGAUAGAUUAAUUCGUCUUGUUUUGACUCUUCCUGUGACAACAGCAACAACUGAACGGGCCUUUUCAGCUAUGAAGAUUAUUAAAACAAGGCUUCGAAACAAGAUGGAAGAUGAAUUUUUAGCAGAUUGUAUGAUUGUAUAUAUUGAAAAGGAAAUUGCUUCAAAAUUCACUUCAGAGAUGAUAAUUGAUGAUUUUAGUUCCAUGAAGCAUCGUCGAGCAAGUUUAAAAAUAUCAAAAUCUUAAAGUAUGUAGUUGAACAUUGACUUUUAUAUAAUAUAAUUACUUUUUUGAUAUAUAUGCUACAAAUCAUAUUUUGUUAAUUUUUUGUUAUAUUUUAUAUUUAAUUGG